AAAAUUAUCAUUCGUUGAACACAGCUCGAAGAAGUAACUUGAAAAAAUUCUUUAAAAACAUUUAAAAUGAAAGUUAUCAUAUAUUCAGCUUUGAUUGUUGUUUGUAUUGCCGCUUUUAAUCAUGCGGCUGUGAUUAACAAUCAAAUACCAGAUGUUGUUGAAUUUGAGCCAACAUACGACGAAGGAGCAUUGUACGAUGCUAUUGAAGAACACUUGCGUCAUAGACGUCAAACGAGCAACGGCCAAGCUAAAGUUGAUGUUCAACAAAACCGCGGAACUACCAGUGUAAACGCGCAGGUUGGCCGAGUUUGGGAAAGUAAAGAUCGUAACACUCGUGUUGAGGCGAAUGUCAACUACGGUCGAGAUUACGGAAGCGGCAGAUCGAAACCAAAUUACGGUGGAAACAUUGGAAUCACACAUCGAUUUUAAUAAUUAUUCUUCCAAAUUACUCAAAUAUACUUAGAAAUAAAUGAUUACAUAAACAUUUUGAACAAAGCAA